AUGACAUUGGACAGCAUGGACGACGCCAUCGCAAGGAACGGUGCGUCGCCGGCUAUCGUGCCUGGAGCGCGGCAGUUGAUCGAUCGAGCUGUUGCAGCGACGGUCGAAGAGCCCGGAUGGGCUUACGGGCACGCAGCCGUCCAUCCGUAUACAGCAAUGCGUCCGGGAGAUCGUGUCGAGGGACCGCAAAGGACCAAGAUGCCUUGCCGGAACCCGUGGGCUUCCCGAGACCUUCGGCCGGUGUUCUUCUACAGGGAUGCAAAAGGUUCCAUUGCGCUUCUGGAACAUGCGCCAAUCGGCCGGCCGUCUGACUGGGAGAUACAUGCCUGGAUCAAGCACAACAGGAUGCAUGUUUGGGCUUGUGCUUGGGCGGCGCAGCAGCGAAGCGGAAGCGUCGGGUCGCCACGUCGGUGUCCGUUGUGCUCCUCACGACGUCUCACUGACUCGUCUGAUGCUCCCGAGCUGAGUCCCCAGCGGCUGGCACCGGUUGGUGAUGGACAGGAGCCAAGCGCGAAGUCAUUACUGGGGGGCCCUCUCGCACCCCGGACAUGCGGCAUCCUCCUGGGGGAAUGGCUGGGUGUCAUGCGUCUUGGGCCAACCCCUGAUCCACACCGCCACCACGAGGAGUGGCGUGCAGCUGAGCAUCAACCUUCAUCUCCAUGA